AUGUCACCGAGCCGCAGCACACCGGUGAGGAAUGUGCAACCCGCAAUACUGACUGUGGGGAACACGGGGAGCGAGAAUCAGUUUCAGACACUGAGCCUGGGCACGCAGAUUGAGAGGGGGUGGAGUCAGAGAUUGCUGAAGGUCGCAGGCUAUCACAGAGCCAUAGCGGAGUCACAGAGAUUACCGAAGGUUGUGCUUGUCAUGGCAAUCUCCAGCAAAUGCCUUGUCAGUCGUAAAUACACCGCUGAUUGCAGUACCGCACGCGGGGGAAGUGAGGGAGUGUUAUUUUUAGCAGAUUUUAUCCUUGUUCGGCCGAAUUGAAAUACUCCCAUUUUCAGCCGAAAUUUCGGAACAUCCCUAGUUGCCUUAUUACUUGGGGGAGAGAGCUUGAUAUUCUUUGUAUCCAUUUCUCGUUAUAGGGAAAUGGUGUCUUGGAAAGUGUUGAAGUCAGCACCCAGGAAUGUCAUCUUCGGAGCUGGUAUGAGGCUGCUUUUCUGAAACUGUAUCUACCAGCUGAACCAUUGGAGCACUAA